CAGUAGGAAGCUUCGGGCAGAGAGAGACAUUGUUGACGUUUUGUUUUGAUCGCUUUUGUCUUGAUUUUGGGACAUUACACCGACAUCAUCCGCUGAUCUAAAGCCUGCUCUUCGACUCUGCCAUCACGCCUCAGUGCGGGAGGAUCCAGCAAAGAUGAAAUGGAUGUUUAAAGAGGACCAUUCCCUCGAGCACCGAUGUGUGGAGUCAGCCAAAAUACGCAACAAAUAUCCUGACAGAGUACCGGUGAUAGUGGAGAAAGUUUCGGGCUCUCAGAUAGUGGACAUUGAUAAGAGGAAGUACCUGGUGCCCUCUGACAUCACAGUGGCCCAGUUCAUGUGGAUCAUCAGGAAACGCAUCCAGUUGCCUUCAGAGAAAGCCAUCUUCCUCUUUGUCGAUAAAACUGUCCCCCAAUCCAGUCUGACUAUGGGCCAGCUGUACGAUAAGGAGAAGGACGAGGACGGCUUUCUGUACGUGGCCUACAGCGGAGAAAACACCUUUGGUUACAAGGCCUUUUAUACAACAAGGGGUUAACGCCACACACACAUACACACACACACACACACACACACACACACACACGCAAUGACACAAUAGGGCCCGACAUACACUGGUGCACGAUGUUUCAAACAUUGGCCUUUUCACGUGUAACAAAA